AUGGAAGUUAUGAAAAACAAAACAUUCACAGAGAGAAAAGCAUUUAUAAUAAUUUCAUAAGUUGUUGAGGCAUUACAUUAUGUUCAUUUUCAUGGAAUACUUCAUAGAGAUAUUAAACCUGAAAAUAUAAUAUUGAGAGAAGAAGGAAUAAUUGAUUAGGUUAUCCUGGCUGAUUUUGGAUUGGCAGAUUAUUACAGAAAAGAUUGUAAAUACAUGUUUACUAGAUGUGGAACACCAGGUUAUGUUGCUCCAGAAUUAUUAUAAGAUAAAAUUUAUGAUCAUAAAGUUGAUGUAUAUAGUUGUGGUAUACUCUUUUAUUAUCUUCUUGUUGGAAAGGGACCUUUUGAUUCUAAUAAUUAUGAUACAACGGUGAAGGCAAAUUAGAAUGGUCAUGUAGAUUUGACUUAGUUCAGUUUUACCAAUGAGUGUCUUGAUCUUUUAAGAGGUAUGUUGGAUCCAAACCCUCAAAAUAGAUUCACUCUUGAUCAAGUUAACCUAAGCCCUUUUUUUAAAAAACACACUUUUGCUAAUAAUCCAAUAAAUCAUUCAAUAAGUUUAGAAAGUCUAAAAAAUAAAUCGCAUUCAUAGACACAUUCUCUAUAAUUAUCACCAUAUUAAGAAUAAAGAUAUAAAUAAGAAUUAAAUAGCAGAUUUGCCUAAUAUGCUUCUCCUUUGUAAUCACCAUUGAGACUUAAAUCCCCAAAUUCAUCUCCACUCACAGAUUCUUAACAUCAAAGUCCUAAUUUAUAGAGAGUACCUAUUUAGAUUUGA